CAAUAUAUUGAUCGGACUCGGCUGUUGCAUACAUCUUCCAGGAUAGAAACUGCUCUGCAGAGGGAGGGAUGAGUCUCUCCACUGUUAUUGGCACAGAAGUGCCAGAAGCAGCUAAUGGGGUGGCGACGCCCGUUUCUCUGGAGAACGGCCCUCAUGCGCCGGUCUCGGUAAAACAUGGCGGGAGCAGGUUACCCGACAAGGGAGCGAAGUCGAUGGACGGGAGAACAGAGAACCACGUUGACACAGCAAACAGACUGAACGCUGCAGAAAGCAACGUAGACACUGAGACAAAUCUUCACGAGAGAACAUCUAGUUUAUCAUUACACGGUUCCCAGGUGGUAGACCUCUCUUUCCAUGAUGACGCAGAAACAAGAAACUCCGAAUCCAAAGACACAGACAUUCCUGAGGGAUCGAAGGCCGAGGACCUGGUUCUCAUGUGGGAUUCAGCACCGCAUGCAGAGCCCACAGACGUAUGUCAGCAGGGAGGCCCUGACAUUGCAGAAAGACCCCUGACAGAAGCUGAGAGUGAAGAGAGAAGGCUGGAUAGAAGAGAGGACGAUGAGGACGGAGAGAAAGAGAAGCAAGAUGUGGAGACAGAUGAGAAGAACGAGAACAGGUGGAGGAACACUGGAGGAAGAACAAAGAAAGAGCCCUCGCAACACUACUCCUCCUCAGCCCCCGGUCCCAGCACCUCUUCUUCUACUCCUCAACCUGCUCUUCUCACCUCAGACGAUGCCCCGUGCCCUCCCCACGUCAUGGCCCAGGUUUGGGUUCGGAACAACCGGGGGAUGCAGGACAGCAAGAGCCUGGAUGAAAUCAGCCAAGCCUGCGGAGGUGGUCCAGGAGCCAGAGGAGGUGGCAGAAGCGGGCAGUCAGAGGGCCGAAGGGCCACCAUCUCCUCAGCUCUGGAGCUGGAGGGGACAGUCAGCCACGAAGGAGACCUCACCAACUUCAUCACAAAGAACCUGGAGCAGAAGAUCAAAAUGAGCUCCAAGCCCAGCCUGGACUGCAGUGAUUCUGACUGUUCGGGUCCAAUCUACCGAAGCCGAGGCUUGUCGCGGAGACCAGCGGACAUCCCGCCAAUCGACCCCACAGUUCUGUUGGACCUCCAGAGACACACCCAGGAGGUGGCCCACAGCGUGGAGAUGAUGAUGAAGAGCCUCAACGGAACCAUCCAGAACAUGACGGCUCUGAGCGUUGGCUACAUCCAGACCUACAGAGACUCUGUGGACAGCCUGGGAGAGUCUGUAGACAUGAGCAUAAAGGGCAUGUACACUCUGAUGGCUCGCUGCGAGGAGCUGGAUCGCUCCAUGCAGCCCAUCCACACACUGGCGGCUCAGAUCCGUGACAUCAAACGCACCCUGGAUGCUCUAGAAGCGAUCUGCAAGUAAUCCCCCUUCCUACCAGAUCUGAACACAGCUCCGGCCUGCAAAAAAAUCCGACCUAAAGCUCAUCCACAAGAAAACAAAAAAGAAAAAAAAAGGAUGCCGUCAAGCAAAUGCAGCCCUUUUGCAGGUUGCACACACACACUGCAGCGAAGAUCAAGUUCACCUCAGGAGUCUGGAACCCGCCGCUGCCCGGCAUGCCGAAUGAUUUCCACUCAUAGCUCUUCUGUGUGCCGUUAGAAGAUGACCUGUUUUUGUGUUGUGGGAUCCAAAAAGAAACACAUUGACUUUUGAGGAGGAGCUGUUUUUUUUUUCUUCUCUUCAAAAUUUCAAGAAGAAAAUCUCACCAAAUUAACUCUUUUGCCCUUAGUAGGUCGCGCCCACACACAAACUCAAACCUGGCAGCAGGUGGGCUACAUGCAUUCUUUGUUCGUCUUUAACAGUCAGAGGAGUGUGAUACUUUUAUCCGUCCAGCCUGCGUGGUUCAGAUUGCACUAACCUCCCCUCUGCAGAUGGGGGCAACAUUUCUGUCUCCGGAGAGGCAAGGAUAAACUGCUUGGAAGACGGUGACAUUUGCACUGGAAGAGAAAGUCUAUUUUUUAAUCUUAUGCAACAAGCAGGUUCCUUCACUGUGUGUGUCUGUAUGUUUUUAUUUAUUCAGUCUGCUCAGCAUGCGUGCUUGUUCAGAAAAAAAGAACACAAAAAACCCAAAACAUUGCGUCUGUGUUGCGGAGAGGCAGUUCACGGUCUGCUGUUUAAUGAGCUCCAAUCUGUACUGCGAGUCCUUCACUUUUUCCACUCUGAUUCUCUCCCAUCACCUAAAAAGGAGGAGUCAACCGUUAAGUCACAGGUCUGCUUCAUUAAUAGCAACCCAGAAUCUGCCACGAAUCUCCGUCUCCUCCCCUGCCUCCUCUGAGAGACGAAGUGAGCAACAUAACCGGGGAAAGUAAUCUUAAGUGAUUCUAAAACUGUUUUUGAAUGUUGUCCAAAUAAAAAGUACCAGAUAUUUUACUUGAUUUGACGUCUAGAUGUCAUCGGCCGACAGGCUAGAUAUCCUUUUUUAUGCUCCAACUUGAUUGAAUUUUGAAGUCAAUAAUAAUAUUUUUGUUGCCUCAGAGCUUCUCAUGGGAAUAUCAGUUUCACUGCAGCUCCAGUUCUUCUCUUUUUUUCUUCCCAAACAGCCUGUCACACAGGGUUUUAAAUAAUGUUUUUGAAGUUCAUUCUUAAAAAAGACCAGUCCUGGGUUCAGUUCUGACUUGAUUCAUGUUCGUAAUUCAUCACUUAAACCUUUUGAACUAAAUUCACAGUCAUUACAUGAAAUGCUUCAGUUUCAAAUGAUAUACGAUGAUAUGUAGUUACUUUUUUUUUUUACAUACACUGUAUAAAAAUGUCAGUUUUAGAUCUGUAAGAAUUAGAAAAAUAAUUUCUACUCACUAAAUGCCAGAAUAAUGACAGGGAGCUCUGUUGUUAAUUUUCUCAGUAGUCGAGGAUCCAGAACCUCUACAGGAAGCAAACGGUCUGAUCUUUACCAGGUUGGGCUUUUGUUGAACUUUUUUCAAAUUUACAUCCAUUUUUUGUUUGUUUUUGAUAUCAUUGCCUAUUAGAUUUAUGACUUGGGUCAAACUUUUUUGAUGUCCUUCCAUAAGCUGCUCAGAACUGGUUUUCAGCUCUGCCACAAUUUUGAUUUUUUACGAGUCUUGAGUUGAACCUUGAUUUUAAUCACACAACAUGUCUCCGAAGGUUAAGCACUUUGACCCUGAGUGAAAUGGCAACUAAUGUGGCUUUUUAUGUUCUUCCUCUGUGUGCGGUUUUUCAGCCGAUGUUGGUACUCUUACCUGGACAUUCACCAGAUGUUAAGAUUUUGUUCAGUGGUUUAUCAAAACAUUUUCAACUUUGAGACACAAAACGCAUUUUGUUCCUGAACAUUGUGCUACCUGGAUGUUCCUAUGAUGUCUAUUCUUGCAUAUAGUAGUUUGAACAGAUGAAUGUGACUCCCAAAGAUGGACCAGACUUCACUUCCUGGUAGUUGAAACAAGGAGACGGCAUGUUUGUGAAUUAACCUAUCAGAAACUUACAAAGCCAUGACAUCAUUGCCAUUUGAGCUUUCUUGAAUCCUUAAGUCACAGUAAUCUUGGUGUAUGUAAACAUGAUUUUGAAGAAAGUGGUAAACACUUUUGUCAUUCUGGAAUUUAGGAAAUAAAAUAAUUUUGGCAACAUUAACAAACCUUAAACAGAUCAUUUCUGACAGUGAGGGGGACGUCGUUUUAUACAGUGUAUGCAAAAGUUUUGAUUCAUCGUUUCGUUUGGCUUGUGCCAUCUUUUAUCUUUGCCAUCCUCUCCUAUUCUCUGUUCUCAUAAAUUGUAUUCCAGUAUUGACCAAUUCCCAAUAAAGCUGCUUCAAUUGA